UCCAGGCAGAAGCGCGAUGGCCGACCGUGGUGCCCCUGCUGAAGCGCCGUGUCCGCGGGGCUCUCCCCGGCCGGAGCUUCGGGCCACGCGCGCGGCCGGGCCGGGCGAGACCCCGCGUACCGCGGCGCUGGCGCUGCGCUUUGAUAAGCCCAUUAAGCAGGCCUUCUACAACACCGGCGCCGUGCUGUUCGUGUGCCUGUGCUGCGGCGCCGCGGUCCUCGUGUAUUUCAUCCUCGAGGCCUUCCUGCGGCCGCUGCUCUGGGCCGUGCUGUGCGGCACCUUCCUGCACCCGUUUAAGAGCUCGCUCACGCGCCUGGGCCGCCUGUGGCUGCGGCGGCUGCACCGCGCGCACACGCCCAUCGUGCUGGCCGCGCUGCUGCUGCCGCUCUGCUUCGCGGACUACGGCGUGGAGGCCCUGGGCGAGCAGGCGCUGCGCCGCCGCCGCCUGUUGCUCCUGCUGGGCGCGGGCGGCCCCCUGCUCUACGGUCUCUACUGCCUGGGCAGCUACUUGGGCGUGCAGGUGCUGCUGGCGCACGCCGGCGCGCUCAUCUGCCGCGGCCUCGACUACUUCAGCAGCCUGUGGAUCUGGACGCUGGUAGUUGGCUAUGUGCUGAUGGUUUCAUUCAAGUGGAAUGCAAGCACUCAAGGCUACUUGAGAGCAGUUUCGAUUCCUGUCUGGAUGAUACUGCUUUUUCAUAUAGCAUCACUGGCUGGCUCAUGGAGAAUUCCAGUUUUCCUAGUUAUUGUUUUCUUGAUGUCUGUGGGCACCCUUUAUGAAAAACAGAAUGGGAAGGAGUCUGCUGGGGCAGAAUUACCAGGACAAGUGAUCUCCAUGGCAGCUUCUACUCUUGCAAACCUGGCCAUCUCCAUCACAGGGUAUGAGUCAAGUACUGAAGACCAGCCCUCUGCUCCACCUGCAGAGCCCACAGACAGGGGAGAGCCCCCUCCAGCAUUGUCUGCUUCUUCUUCAUCCUCCUCCCGUUCCUCACCCUCUUCUCCUUCACCUACUCUGGGCAGACAGAGGCCUGAGAUGGGAACGUUUCUCAGAAAGAAGAAAGCUAGUGACGUUUACUUUGUGUCUCUCAUGUGGGCCAUCAUUGCUGUCCAGCUCUGGCUGAAUCUGUGGGUCAUGCAGCUGCUGCCAGUGCCUGUUGCAGUUUGGAUAAUCAAAAAGCUCGUCAUUCACUUUGGAGUGGUGGACUUCCUGGAGAAACGCUGCCGCGCUUGGUGGCAGGUUAUCGAGAGCUUCCUGAAGGAGCGGCAGGAGGCCUUAGCACCAUGGCCAAUUAUCGGGCUUGGAAAGUUCUUACUGAAAGUUGAUAGCAAGCUCUGGCACUGGCUAAACAAGAAGAUGAUCAUCUGGUUGGAGAAGAUGUUAGAUAAAAUUAUCAGCAUUUUCAUCAUAUUCUUGCUAGUAAUAGGAACUCUUCUUUUAGCCCUUCUCCUGACUGCAAAGGUACAUCAAGAGAGUGUACACAUGAUUGAAGUCACAAGUAAUCUGAUUAAUGAAACUCUGGCAAAUCACCCCGAGUGGGCAAAUUGGCUUCCAGAGGCUCAGGUGGUCCAAAGAGCCCUUAAUUCUGCAGCUAACAAUGUGUAUCAGUAUGGACGGGAAUGGAUAACUCACAAGCUUCACAAAAUUCUAGGAGAUAAGGUGAACAAUACAGCUGUGAUUGAAAAACAAGUUCUAGAACUGUGGGACAGACUGUAUCACUCUUGGUUUGUAAAGAACAUGACAUACUCUGGAAGGCACAAAGGGCACAAGAUGCACGUGAGUCGUCAGAACAGCUGGCUGGGAGAUAUUCUGGACUGGCAAGAUAUUGCCUCCUUUGUUCAUGAGAACAUUGAGACUUUUCUUUCGAUAUUAUCUUUUGGCUUCCAAAUAUGGAAGAUGAAGAUCUUGGAGUCCCUGUGGAUUGUUAUGAGCCGGAACGUGAGCCUGCUCUUUACCACGGUUACCACACUGCUGACCAUCCUCUUCUACAGUGGCACUGCCCUUCUCAACUUUGUGCUUUCCCUGAUAAUUUUCCUGACCACACUGUUUUAUCUGUUAAGUUCCAGUGAUGAGUACUACAAGCCAGUGAAGUGGGUGAUAAGCCUGACACCACUGUCUCAGCCAGGUCCUUCUUCUAAUAUUAUCGGGCAGUCUGUGGAAGAGGCUAUCAGGGGGGUGUUUGAUGCUUCCCUCAAAAUGGCUGGCUUCUAUGGAUUGUACACCUGGCUGACUCACACUAUAUUUGGCAUCAAUAUUGUCUUCAUACCAUCAGCUUUGGCAGCAAUCCUUGGAGCUGUGCCAUUUCUGGGGACAUACUGGGCAGCAGUACCUGCAGUUCUAGACCUGUGGCUGACACAGGGGUUAGGAUGUAAGGCCAUCUUGCUGUUGGUCUUUCAUCUCUUACCGACAUACUUCGUAGACACUGCCAUCUAUUCUGAUAUAUCAGGAGGAGGCCAUCCCUACCUGACUGGCUUAGCAGUGGCUGGUGGAGCAUAUUACCUGGGCCUGGAAGGAGCAAUCAUUGGGCCCAUACUUCUCUGCAUACUCGUGGUUGCUUCCAAUAUCUACAGUGCCAUGCUCGUGAGUCCUACGAAUUCAGUGCCCACACCAAAUCAGACCCCUUGGCCUGCUCAGACUCAGCGGCCUUUCCGUGACGUUGCUGAAGAUCUGAACUCUUCAGUAGAUUGACCUGGCUCUACUGCAGUGACUUCUGGGGAGUUCCACCUUGACAGCGAGUCCUCCCAGCUGCCCUCUGUCCAGUCAGCUAUGUCUGGCAGGCAGGGGCGUCCACAAAAGAAGCAGAAGCCUCCCAGCCUUACAUGCAGAGCACUAAGUGAGAGAGAAGUUGCUCUAGGCUGCCUUGCAUUUUAAAACACAGCUUGAGAAUUGAGAACUGUGUUUGCUCACAGCUAUGGUAAGAUGGCUUGAAAUGUUACAGUUCAUGCACUGACACAGAGGCCUGAAAUUGCCCUCUGUGAUUAUCUACUGCAGUAUAUUUAUAAAGUUAUUUGAAGGAUUCUAAAAUACCUUUUAAAGGAUAUUCAGUGUAAUUUUUCUCCUGCUGUAGGAGUUUUUAGUCUCUUUUCAGUGACAAGGUUUCCCUUUGGCGUAUGGUUUAGUUAGCAGGAAAAGUAGGUCUGAUACCCUUUAAAAUAACACCAUCCUAUUCUUGAGAGGAAAGGGGUCUUAGGGGUGAAGCUGACAUGUGUGUGCUGUGACCAGAGAGGCAGCAGGAAGGGAACUCUUCCUCUUCCUUCCCUUCACCACCUCCUUUCAGCGUUGCCAAAUUUCUACAACUUGCCUGACCACAUUGAAUGAUGAUCCUUAUUGAGCUGCUGUAAACGGUAACGAUGUGAGAGAAUCCUCCCUGUCAGCUUUUCUCUUUUAACUGUUUCCCAGGAGAAGCCUUUCAGGUGUAGUGGCCCUCUGGUUUGUUCUGUGCCCAGUUGGUUUUUCUGCAGAACUGCGUAUUUUCUUCACUUAGCACAGUGCCUUGCACAUGGGAGUUUAAAUGAAUGCUUGCUGAGUCUCACUGUAACCAUGUACGUGUCUCAUAACACGUAACCAGCAUAGUGCUUUACAUACAUACAGCCAUUGUGCACAGUACUUCACACGCAUUUCACAUCAGCUCUUGCACAGUGUCACACUGGUAGGGGGCUAAGCUUUAGGACAGUGGCCAGUGCAAAGCCAAGUGUUAUAACUUGUCUCCUGUCUUCUGACAUUAUAUCUGCAGUGUCAUAAGGCACUUCUUAGGGCCUUGGCAGCUUCCCAGUCCCAGGCGUUGUCAUUCAUUCAUUACAAGUGAAAGAAAAGAAAGCUUGACCUGCUUCAUGGCAGGGCCGAAACUAGAGCUGAGCUCCUAGUCUUGUGUCUUUUCUAGCUGUUCAGUCUUCAGGCCUUCUUGUGCUUCUGAGGGAAUAUGCAGCAGAAAGGAUUUGUGUCAAAGAUUUGUUUGUUUGUUUUUAGCAUUUAAAACUAAAAUUAAUUUUUCCUAAAGAUCUCACCAAAUUUGUUCCUGGUAUGAUUAGUAAAACCCAUGCACAGCAGUGUCUCUUGACUUGCUAUGCAUAGUAUAGCACAUACAGGUCUCCUUAUUGUGUCAUGAGCCCUUCCACAUUAGGACCUGCUCUUCCAUCAUCACCCAUUAGAUUUGAGCACUAAAUCACUUACUCUGUUUUUUUAGUCAGUUGAUUAUUUGCUCAUGAACAGAUUUCUUGAGCAUUAGUAAGCUCUAGGUACCAUGCCAGAGACUGUACAGGGUCUGUGAGAGAGAACCCUUAAGGCCGCCUCUCUCACCUUCCAUGCCAGCCAGCUCAUGGGUCACACUAAAUCUAAAUUCUUGCAUUAAAAUGGUUGAGGAGAGAAAACAAGUUUGUGUUUGUUUACUAUAUCAUAAGAAGUUUAUAGCUAUAAUUAGCACAUACUCAUAAGAGGCAAAUGUACAGUGACUUUGUGUGCAUACACAAAUCACGUUGCUCUGAUGUGCUUUUAGCCACGUAAAAGCAAAAUUGCAAAAACCCAAGUUUGAGCUAAUUCACAGCUGUUGGAAGGAUAGUUCUCAAUCUGAACGUGAAGUUUUUUGAUGGGAACUCUGAGCUCUAAGAAAGUAGUUCAGAGCUUCCUAAAGUAGUGGCAGUGGUUUAAGCCUGUUCUGAAAUUUUAGGGCCACUGAAACCACUCCAUUGCCAUAGUAAAUCCAGGAAGGCCAUCAGUUGGAAUCAGAAAAGCACCCUGGCAUAUGCCAGGCACAGGAAGGAGGUUUUACAGAAUGUUCCUAAGGCAGAUGGAGAGCAGAUAGCAUAAAGAGUUAGGAGUCUUUAGUUUCAGUCCCUCACCUACCCUGAAGAGUUUGCAUGGACUUUGACCUGGGAAAAAGGUUCCUUAAGAUCUUAAGAGAGGGUAUCUAAGCUUGGCUUGUUUUGUUUGUUUGGUGUGUGUGCAUGCAUGUGUAAACAGGACCUCAUAGCUCAGGAAAAUGCAUCCAUGAAAUGAAAGUAGCUUCGGUAAAAUUGAGGACAGGAAUCUGUCAUAGCAGCUUGGAUUGUAUAGAUGAAGGGUUAGUUUCAAGUUCCCUUUCACUGUCAGUUUUAAACUAGGCACAAGGGGAGCUGAAAAGCUGUGCACACCGAUUAGCGCCUGUUUUUUUGUUAAGAGAACGAGGUGCAGGCCUGGAAGUGUAAAUUCCAUGUUAUGUACAGCCUCUUUGGCUCCUAGAUAUUAUGAAACUGUGAGUUUCUUAAUCUUUCUUCCCUAAGAACUGGCUGCUUGCUUUGUGCCCUGAGAUGUCUCUGGGUUAGCUCUUGACUGUGGAAGGCCCAGGGUGCAUUAAGUAGAGACCCUAUGUCCAAACUCUGUGGCUUCAGGGACGGCAUGUCCCAGCGUACAGGCAGCGGAAGCACUGGCAGGGCAGGUCCUUCCGUCUAAGUUGGCAUUGGUAAGAACUCAACCAUACUCUUUUGGGACUUCUGCAUUCCUCCAUUUUCCACCUUGUUUGGUGACUGUUUGAGAAGCGUGGCAGAAAAUGCUGAGGACUCCAGGCCAGUGGGGGUUAAACUAGAAUACAUUCAUUUAGGUGAUAUUGGAGGAUUUAACCUAGUUUAUGGGAAAUACCCUCAGGACUUCCCAUACUCCAUUUCUGGCCUUCCAGUAUCUUUUGAGGGUCCCCCACAGCCUUUCCGAGAGUAUCACACUGGGACUUUGAGUUCCCUUUUCACAAUGAAAAUUUCUUAUGGCAACAUACUCCCAAAUUCUUGCUCCUGCAAAGAACAGCUAUUUAUUUUCUACUUAUUUAUUUAUUUAUUUAUUUUUAUCAGUUUUUUUGUCUUUGCUCAUUUUGUCAUCAAAUAUUAUUAACUCACUAAGAUCUGGGAAAAAUACCUACCCGAAGCCACAAAGCAGCUUUCUUGAUAGCUUGAAAAUACUCCCGAGAACUGUAGGUGAAGAGUCUUCUUAGCAGCAUCACAGAAGUUUGGUGAUUGAAUGGGCUAUUGUAGUGAGAUGAUAUAAUUGUUUUAGGGAAGGAAACAAAUUUACUGGUAAAGUAGCUUAUUGUAACAGCCAGUUAACAACAAAAUAAAAGUGGAGUACAGAUCCUCUCCCUCAGCCUGCCUUCUGCUUCUCUUUCCUUUUUCUCAUAGCUCAACCACUUUUGUCAAAAAAAAAAACGAAGGAAGGAAGGAAGCAAGGAAGGAAGGAAAGAAAGAAAAAAGUUCCAUAUAGUAGUUGUUUGUACAGUUAAUAGAGUUGUAAGAGAAAAAGUACUAGGAGAGGGGAGAUUCCAUGGUCAUUUAAAAUUGAGGAAUGCCUAGUUAUUUCCUUUCCCUGGGAUGUCUAUGAGUUUUUAUUAUGCCAUAACACAUUGUGAAGGGAGGAGGGACCACGUGUUGCACUUUAUGUUGUGCCCCUAUUCUUUCCACCUUUCCUCUCUGAGCAUCUUAAACGACUAGCUUUUGAUCAAGUUUAUAGGUCUUUUAGAAGACUAUAGGUAGUGAAAGUACUGGCAGUGAAUUUGUUACCAUGAUACCAUGGAUUGGUAACAAGUCCCAGCAGUCUACUGAGACACCAGCAUUUGCUGCCUAGAGCUACACUUGCAGGAAGGAGGUUCUUCCCAUUUGUGGCACCCAAAAUCAGUGUUUAUGCUUGACUUUGCAAGGCAUCCAAGAAUCGGCUAAUGGGAAUACAUUGGUGAUGCUUUUGUAUGGCACUUUAUAACUUUCAGACACCUUUGGGGACAGCCCUGUGAGCUAGUCAUUAUUAUAGUCGUUGUACAGACUGGAAGCCCUGAGAAGUCUGUCGUUGAUCCCCAUUCCCCCCACCUCCUGCCCUCCUCUCUCCGAAAUUUACAUAUGAAAGCAUGGAGCCAGAAUUUGGUUACAGAGUAUCUGACUCCAAGUCCAAAGUUCUUUAUUCUGGUCUUUCCUUCUAGCUUUAUGUACGCAAUAAAAAAGUAUGGAAAGAAACAUUUUACCAUUGUUUUUGCUUAUUGUGAAAUCCCAAAUCUUUUGUAUCAGAGUGACCCAGAAGUGUAACUGUUAUUGCAGCUGUCCUAGAGAAAACUCUGUCCUUGCAGUGCCUCUUGUUCAGGUACUUGGAUUGUAUUUCAAAUACUGAUUGAUUGUGAAACUAAGGUUGAACAUAUCAUUGUAAUUAUUUAUCUCUGAAAAUGUAUCACCUCUGCAUUCUCAGGUAAAAGAGAGAUGAUUUGAAAGGAAAAAGUGUUCAAAUGCAACAAUAAAUAUCCUGUAUUACACAAAUGCCGUUUCUUAGCUUUAUUUGCUUUUACAACUUACUGAUGUAAUAACAUCUUUGUAAAAUGUAAAAUAUUUAUAUUUUGAAAUAAAGUUAACAAAUGUUGGAUGAAACAGGUGAUAAA